GAGAAGAAGAAGAAGCUCUUUCUAACCUGGAUCCAUGUGGCGUCUCGUCGCUACGGUUCUCUCUCUUUGUGUUCCUCAGAAAGUGUGUGUGAGCUCCAGCACCACUGAUCCAUCAUCUGUGUGUCUGGAUAAACCUCUGAAUGGACUCAGUGCUCUUUUUUCUGGAGCGUUUACCUCGGACUAUAGGAGCUAGCUUAGCAUGCUAGCUGGAAACACGUUAACAACACUAGUCAGAUUGAGAGUUUGAUGGAGAGAGAAACGGUGUGUUUAAUGGAGUUUGCAGGAAGAGGUGAUCUAGUAAACAUGAGUAAAGUCCAAAUGCUGAUGUCGUUGAAGAAGCAGCGACUCACUGCUGCUGCUGAAGAGAUAUUUGCUCUGUUUGAAAAAACGAUAGCAGAGCUUGAGGAGGAGCUGUCUCUUUCCAAAGAGGAGAACGAGAGACUCCAGAAACUACUGGACGCUGUUUUACAGCCUCAGCUUCGGAUACACAGAGCAGACGUCCAGCUGCUGGUGGUGGUUAAAGAAGAGGUUCUCCCUGACCAGCAGGAGUGGAGCACCAGUCUGGACCAGGAGGACCCAGAGCCCCCCCCACACAUUAAGCAGGAACAGGAGGAACUCAGAAUCAGUCAGGAGGGAGAGCAGCUUCAGGAGCUGGAGGAGGCUGAUAUCACCAAGUCCACUUUCACUCCUGACCCUGUGAAAAGUGAAGAUGAUAAAGAGAAACCAGGACCAGAACCAGCCAGAAACUCAGAUCCAGAGAGCAGUUUACAACCAAAGACUGAGGACGACACUGGAGACUCUUCUGAACCUGACACUGGAGACUCUUCUGAACCUGACACUGAAGACAGUGCUGAUUGGAAGGAGACCAGAGAACCUGCGUCAGGCUCAAAAUCACUGGAAAAUAGACAAGAACCUGUCAGUGAUUCAAGCCGUAUUGCUAUAAAGAAACAAUUUGGCUGCUCUGUGUGUACGAAAUCUUUUGCACGGAAACGAAGUAUAUAUCGACACAUGAGAAUCCACACAGGAGAGAAACCACACAGCUGCUCAGUUUGUGAGAAAGCUUUUUCACAGUAUAUAGAUUUAAAGAGACACAUGACAAUCCACACAGGUGAGAAACCCUUUAGCUGCUCAGUCUGUAAGAAAGCUUUUUCACAGAGAGGAAGUUUAAAGGAACACCUGAGAGUCCACACAGGAGAGAAACCACACAGCUGCUCAGUCUGUAAGAAAGCUUUUUCACGGAGUGGAAAUUUAAAGACACACAUGAGAGUCCACAAUAUACAGCUGCAAUGUUUGUGACUAAAGAUUUAAAUGGUGUAUUGAUUUCAAAAUACACAAGUGUUGGUCGUCAGUCCUCACAGCUUAAUGAAAUUCAUACUGAGGAUAACGGAGAGACGGAGCCUCCAAUCAGCAGCUCAGCUGAACACAUGGAAACAGAAGCUGAUGGAGUGGACAAUGAAUAAGUCUUAUGACAGUUCACACAUGAGAAAAAUCUGUCUGGCUGGAUUAACAUUGUUACACAACAUUCAUAUAAGACUUUAAUGAAAUCCAUCUUUAUCAACAUAAGUGGACAAUAUGUUUAAUGUUUUUGUCAUACUGAUUUUCUGAUGUAUACGUUAACCACUGACUGUUGAUGAACCAUUUUAUUUUGGAUAGAGGGCUCCAAGUUUCCAUAUAGAGAUAUAGGAUGAUUUGAUGUAUUGUUCUUUAUUUCUAAAUGUUUUGUGUCAUUGCUAUCCUGUUAAUGAGCCCUGUUUUACAUAAAUGUACCUGUUAUCUGAUUAUUUUUGCUUCUGUAACUGUAAGGGAAUACAUUUGCCUAUUUUGUAUCCUGAUGACCUAAUGCUGUUACAUGUAAUACGUUACUCCCUAAGCCUGAUUUCACCCACCUGCAACCGAUUUGCUAAUAAUCACAAAUGUUCAUUUAUUCGACCCCUUGACUCAACUAUUUCUUGUUUAAUAAUCGUUACAUCUCCUCAGGACCAAGUUCCCGUGUCCUGCCUUUCACCUGCUGAUCACCCACUGCUCAUUUAAGGUGGACUGACCUUUACAAUGGACCAGCUAGUCUUAGUGUCUUAAUGCAAACGGUUUGUAAAGUGAUGCUAGUUCAAAAACGUGCUGUUGGGUUGUGUGCUCUCUGCAGGACGGUGUCUUCACUGUUCUUUUCUGUUUUUGUUGUACAAACGACGCCAACAGAGCGAUACGUCUUCUUUCCAGCCGAUGGUAUAAAUGUUAAAUCAUCCAGUUCAACUUUCAUCCACAUAUUAAUGAUUCAAAAAAGCAAUAUGUAAGAUAUGGCUAGUAUUUGACUAUUUCAACAGAAUCUGAAGGGGUUACAGUCUUGAGGCCAUGUCCAAUAUGUUUAUGUUUUGUUUGAUUACAUUUACUGAAAUGAGCAUUCAAUGACUACAUUAUUCUUAAUUAUUCAUUACAUCAUGGGUUUGCAUUGCAAUAUUAGAACGCAUAAAACCCAACUUUAUUUCUUCCAAGUUGCGGGUGUUCAUUGUUUAGAAGUCCACUGUGUUUCAUCCAAGCUUCCACUUCGUGCUCCGAUAAUGCUGAAAGUAUCUGUUGUAUGCUUUACCUGCUCCAGUAACACAAGCGUAAUUCACUGGACGGAGACAAGAGAUAGUGGAUGGAUCCAGAGGAGAACCUGGAAUA